CAGAUCCUGAAUUAUUUAUGUCAUAUUCAUAUAUGAUGAUACGAUUCCAGUGUUCUAAACCGCAUAAAACAUUUGAGAUAAGAAUUUGAAAAAGAAAACGAUAUCAAAACAUCAAUUAACUAGUUACAUAUAUAUAUAUGGCCGACAGCGGAGGGAUCACAAAAGAAGUGAAAUAUAGAGGGGUUCGAAAGCGGCCAUGGAACAAGUAUGCGGCGGAAAUUCGCGACACGAAAAACAAUGGGGUGAAGGUAUGGCUAGGGACAUUUGCAACCGCGGAGGAGGCAGCUAGAGCUUAUGAUAAAGCUGCCUUCGAUAUGAGAGGCCACAUGGCGGUUCUUAACUUUCCCGCUGAAUAUCCACCUACAUUUUCAUCGACUGCUUAUAAUGCCGCCACUACCACUUCUUCUUAUUCAUCUGCCGGAGAGUCUACUUCAAGUGGUAGUAGACAAGUUUUCGAAUUCGAGUAUUUGGAUGGUAAAUUGUUGGAGGAUCUUCUUGAUCACGUUCACAAUCAAACCAACAAAUGAAAAACUGUAUAUGCAGAUCGAUAGAGCUAUCUAGCUAGCUUCUUUUAAUUAACUAAUUAGUUUGGUUUGCAUCACUUUAUUAAUUAAGACACACAUUUUAUAUAUGUUGAU